AUGUCGGCUUUUACUCCACAGUCACGCGACACGCCGUCGUCACAGCAGGCAAACAUCCUCACCAUUCUGCCUUCGGAGCUUCUCGUCCGCAUCUUCUCCUACCUCUCCACCCCACCGUCGAGCGAUAUCGCCGCCUACCGCCUCGUGAACCGCGCAUUCGAAGAGCAAAGCUCGCCUUUUCCUCCUCCCGUGCUGCAGCACCCUUACUUUCGCCAAUAUGUCGAAGAAUUGGUCUACGACGGUAGCAGCUACCACGAGACGACCGCAACGGACUGGGAUCAGUAUGUGGAAGACUGCGAGCACGCGCCUCGAGAUCUGAAGGAUCCAGCGUGGGUCGAGCGACAGCGCCGUGAUCAUAUGGCUUGGAAUGCUCGAAUUCGUUUCGCACGCCCAAAUGCACGAUCCUUGUCCCUAGCGACGGUAGUAUGA